UAAUUCUUCUUCUUCUUCAUCAUCAUUUGUUCUUCGGUUUUGUUUGUUGAUUAAUCUCUGCGACUGCUCAUUUAGUUUUUUUUUUUUCUGUCGUUUUUGAAUAUUUCUAUUAUUAUUUGAUUUGCUUUAGUUUCUCUUCUUCGAUUUACUCCGUCAGGUAGUUUGUUGGUUUCACCACUAUGCUUGUACUGGUUGCUAGUAAUACCUGGCCAUGAGCAUCGUUAUUCCUUUCUUCCAUUUUUUUUCUUUUAGGGUUUAGGUUUUUGCUUCGGCUUUCAAUUUCAAACACCUCUUAUGUAAUAAAUUGAUAGAAAAUUAAAUAAUUAAUCGACAAAUCUAAUUUCAGUUUAGGGUUGUGCAGCUGCAAGUAGAGAGAUCCGUGUAUCCAUAAUAAUUAAUAACUAACAAUGGACACUGGUGGCAACUCUCUCUCGUCCGCUGCUCCUGACGGGGUUAAGAGAAAGGUUUGCUAUUUCUACGAUCCAGAAGUCGGCAAUUACUAUUAUGGCCAAGGUCACCCCAUGAAGCCCCACCGCAUUCGAAUGACCCAUGCUCUGCUUGCCCACUAUGGUUUGCUUCAGCACAUGCAGGUCCUCAAGCCCUUUCCUGCUCGCGACCGGGAUCUUUGCCGCUUCCAUGCCGAUGAUUAUGUCUCUUUCCUCCGCAGCAUUACCCCUGAGACCCAGCAGGACCAGCUCAGGCAGCUCAAGCGCUUUAAUGUCGGUGAAGAUUGCCCUGUUUUUGAUGGCCUCUACUCCUUCUGCCAGACUUAUGCUGGUGGAUCUGUUGGUGGUGCCGUCAAGUUAAAUCACAACCUCUGUGACAUUGCUGUCAAUUGGGCUGGUGGCCUCCAUCAUGCUAAGAAGUGUGAGGCUUCUGGUUUUUGUUAUGUCAAUGACAUCGUGCUUGCAAUCCUGGAGCUUCUUAAAGUGCAUGAGCGUGUUCUGUAUGUGGAUAUCGACAUUCAUCACGGUGACGGUGUGGAGGAAGCAUUUUACACCACUGAUAGAGUCAUGACUGUUUCAUUCCAUAAAUUUGGAGAUUAUUUUCCCGGCACUGGGGAUGUACGUGAUAUUGGAUAUUCAAAAGGAAAAUACUACUCUCUUAAUGUUCCGUUGGAUGAUGGGAUUGAUGAUGAGAGCUAUCAUUUCUUGUUUAAACCACUAAUUGGAAAAGUAAUGGAAGUUUUUAAGCCAGGCGCUGUGAUUCUCCAAUGUGGUGCCGACUCAUUAUCCGGGGAUAGAUUAGGAUGCUUCAAUCUUUCAAUCAAGGGCCAUGCAGAGUGUGUUAAAUUUAUGAGAUCUUUUAAUGUGCCAUUAUUGCUAUUGGGUGGUGGUGGCUACACCAUUCGAAAUGUCGCUCGCUGCUGGUGCUAUGAGACUGGAGUUGCACUUGGAAUAGAAGUUGAUGAUAAGAUGCCUCAGCAUGAGUAUUAUGAGUACUUCGGUCCAGAUUAUACUCUUCAUGUUGCCCCUAGCAACAUGGAAAAUAAGAAUUCCCACCAGGUACUUGAGGAAAUACGGUGCAAGCUCCUUGAUAAUCUUUCAAAGCUUCAGCAUGCACCCAGUGUCCAAUUUCAGGAAAGAGUACCUGAUACUGAGCUUCCGGAGGCAGAAGAAGAACAGAAUGAAGCAGAUGAGAGAUGGGAUCCAGAUUCCGACAUGGAUGUUGAUGAAGAACGCAAGCCAUUACCAGGCAGAGUCAAGAGAGAAAUAGUUGAAGCUGAGCCAAAAGAGUCGGAGGGCCAGAAAGGAAGUUCUGGGCAUGCUAGAGGCUUUGAUACAACAAUAGCCGAGAAUGCAAGUGGAAAGGCUCUGGAUGCUGGUCCUAAGCAAAUUGAUGAGGCAGGUGUGAGAGUUGAGCAGGAGAAUGUGAACAAGGCAUCUUCUGAUCAGAUGUUCUCCAAGUCAUGAGUAAAAAGUACCAUUCCACAAACUGUUCUAAGUUUGUGUAUGGUUUCUCGAGCUCUGCAUAUACGAAUACAAACUUGUAAAAGCCUUGAAAACCUGAAUGGUUUCAUCUCUGAAUACGGGUUAUUUAGUUAAUGCAAUGUGUACUGGAUGUUAUGGAAACUUCGAUUUGAAAUUCAAAAUAGAGAAAAAAAAUAUUUAAUGGAA